UAGAUCUUUACGGAGUGCUAAUCUUCACCUUGUAAACUAUUGCUCUUGGAAGUGAAGAGUUAUGGAGAAUGAAAACCACAACUCUAAGCAGAAGCAGGAGCUUGAAGUAUCUGAUAUCCUCAGGAAAUCUGUUAGGGUCUAUUUAAGAAAUCCCAAUUUCAUCAUCUUCACCUUUCUCACUUCUCUUCCUCUCUUUUGUAUCAUGGUUUACUUUGAAAUUUACCUCCAAGAAAUCCUGGUUGAAACCUGCAAUAUUUUAAACCUGUCAUAUGGUCACUUGACUCGCUAUGACAGCUGCCUAGAUCUUAUCAACAGAUUCAACAAGGAUUAUUUACUGAAGCUGAUUUUUGUUGGUUUCAUUUACAUGGUGCCUCUGUAUGUCUCAGAGUUUGUCUCUGCAGCUGUUACGGUAGAUUUGGCUUCAAAGAUGCAUUCAAGAGAGAAGAAAAUGACUCUGAAGGAGAUGUUUGAGACACCCUUUCACCUAUCAAGAUUGAGAGCCUCAUUUGUUACUUCUAUCUAUGUUCUCUUCUUGACAACUACUCACCAGCUUGGAUUACUGUGGAUAGUCCUAAAUUAUCAUGUUUUCUUGAAAGACAUAAGUUUUUACAUGUUGCUCGCAAUAAUUUGCAGCAUAGCAUUUGCAAAGGUAUUAAGGAUUUACUUGGAGGGGAGUGCUAUGUGGAACAUGAGUAUUGUGAUCUCAGUGUUGGAGGGUAUAUAUGGUGUUGAUGCGUUAGCUGUUUCGGCAUAUUUCAGCAGAGGCAACCGCAGGAGGGGGCUCUUUCUGAUGCUGAUUUUCUUUGCUUGGGGACAUCUUGUGAGGCUUUCAUGCUAUCUUAUCGGAGGCUAUGAGCAAGGGAAUGCAAUUUUUGUACAAGUUGGCUUGUCUUGCAUGGUCAAUCCGCUGAAAUGGGUGGUUUGCAUGAUCUAUUUUCAUGAUUGCAAGGAGAGGAAAUUGGAAAAGAAAACCGAUGAGGAAUCAGGUAAGGAUGUUAAGAAUGGUUCAUGAAUGAAAACGGCUAUGAACAAAAAUAAGGGUGUCAAUUUGAGUUCAUAACAUAAGUAGAAUUAAAAUAGGCAUAGCUAACUGGUUCUGCAGCCUUUUAUGACAAUUAGUCACUGAAUUUUAUCUUCUACUGUACUAUGAUUGUAUGAUUUUAAUCACAGUACUAUAAGAAGAUUUUCUAUUCCAUAGUGAUAAGUCAUUUACGAAAUAAAAUAUAUAUCAGCAUCUUGUUAGUGCUUCCCUGUGAAAGUAUGGAGUAUCGAGGAGAAGAAACUAGCAUUACUCCAUCAAAAGCAAGUUUUUCUACGUGUCCACCAACAUUACAGGAGCCAAUUUCUGAAUGGUAUGUAAUUUACCAGAUC